CUUUUACCUUCCCCUUUUCCGCUUCCUUUGUCCUGAGGGCCCCGUGUGUUUUGGCUGACUUCAAGAAGCCGACAACCGGCAUAGAGGAAAACCAGUGACUUCUGCUGCGCGACCACACAAUGGCCGGCCGUUCUGUUGGGCCCCUCCCCCCUGGGCAGCCGAACUUCUUGUCCGAGCGUCAGGCGGCCCUCACCCAGCAUCAGCAUGCCGCCAGUGGUCCCCUCUCCCUGCCCCCUCCCCUCCCAGCGUCCAGCAGCCCCGCACACACAGAGCCCUCGACGCGCAGACAGCAUCAUGGUGAGGAUGUGGGCGCUACGACGGUCCCCGCCACACCCGUUGAUCUCAACGGGCUGGACCAGCGGGCCGAAUGCGCAGCCCUCUCGCUUGGGGCCGUUUUUGCCGGUAGGGAGGAUGCUGGGGCGACGCUGCUCGGCGCGACGCCCAUCUCGCCACUGCUAUAUAGGGGCGGAUUUCCGCCGCGAUACCAUCUUCAGACGUCUAUGUCCUCGCCCAUGACGGCGUACACGCCGUACCAGCCCGCCGACUACCCCCGCCCCCUCAUCAUCGCCCCCCACCCCUCUCGCGCGUCAAACCCUGGUCCCAUUAUCCCUUCCCUCGCUCGGAUGCAUCACCAGGACGACUGCGAGGUGCCGCCCGCUACCGCAUCAGCAUCACGCAGAGGGCCGCCGCUACGCUACGCGCACUCAAGCGAUGUCUGGCUAAACACCGGCGGCUCAGGUAUGGGUGGUGGACGGCCAAUGCCCAUCGCCGAUGACGAUGCUGCUGCUGCUGCCGCUGCCGCUGCCGCUGCCGCUGCUGCCAACGAGGAUCUCGAUGACAAGCAGCUGUUCGAGCGUGACUACAUUGUGCGUGUGGCCAACAAGCCGCCGAAGAGCUCCAAGAUGGCCGGCACCCUUGGGGGCGGCGGGGUGAUGGCCGUCCUGGCUUUGCCCUUCGGGCCGAUCGGCAUGGUGCUGGGGGGCGCGUGUGGCGCCGGUGUGGGCCACCUGGUGGGGCAGAUUUUGGACCGUCGGCGGACCAAGAAGAAGGUGAGCGACGCCGAGCGGCAGGUCAAGAAGAUCUAUUACCUCAUGAGGUGGGCCAACUUCCACUUCGACUCGUCCGAGAAUCAGCUGCAGCUGGUGUUUCUCGUCGUGAGUGAGUUCGAGGCCCUCUCGAAGCUGGCGUCCUUCAGCGAGAUCGCCCGGAAACAGCUGAGGGCGCUGUACUCGUUCAUCAAGCGGGACGACGUGCAGCACUGCCUCUGGCUCUACCUGGACGUGUUUUUCAAGAACUGGCGGCAGAUGAACUUGCAAGAGAUCGCUCAGUGCUCGACGGUGUGCGACACGCUCAUCGAGUGCUGCAGGCACGUGCAGAAGCCGAAGCCCCCAGUGGUGCAGAGGAUGGAGAGGGUCGUCAAGACGCCCGGGCCCGCCAGGCUGCUCAGAAAGGCCAGAGAGAUGAAGGAAGUCAAGAGCAACGAGCGCGUAAUUCUUGUCACGUCACAUCGUCUCCACCCGCCCCAUACACAUGCCAUAUAUGUGCAUCACACAUGCACCCCUCCCCUCUCUCUCUGUGCUGUGUGCUGUGUGUGCAGAUCCGCAUCAAGGAGGCAGAGGCCAUCAUCUACGCUGAGAAUCGGCACCGCGAGAGCCGCCGCCGCACCGAGCGUGUGUCGAUGCUCGCAGACUCACACGAGUCGUCCCCCGACAGCAGGCGCAGCAACAAGGCGCCCUCCUUCCGACUCAUCUCAUCGCGAUUCCGCUCCCGCAGCAGGGGCACACGCACACCCGACCAGCAGCAGGCGGACAGCGGGCGGCAGAGUGGGAGAGAUGUGGGUGUUGGUGGUGGUGCUGGUGGUGGUGCUGGUGGGGGUGGUGAGGGUCGGCAUGUGGUGUCGUCAAUGGUUGGUGGGAAGCGGAAACGAGACGGCGACAAGAAGACGGUGCGGCUGUCACUCGAGGCCAUGGACGGUGAGUGAGCAACCGAGCGAGAGGGGAACUUAUGUAUGCAUGUCUGUGCAUGCCUGUGUGUGUGUGUGUGUGUGUGUAUGUCUGGGUGGUGGGUGGUGUGUUUUCCUCUUGUCUUUGCAGCCAGUGACGAGGGCAGCUCUCUCGAGUCGAGCUACGAAGUGGUCAGAGAGAGAGAAACCAUCCAUCCAUCCAUCCAUCCACACCCUUCCUGUCCCCCCCCUUCUCUCUCCUUGUCUCUCUCUUGUCAGUCUGAGGAGGAGGACGAGAUGGCCCUUCCCCCGAUCGCCACCGAGGCCGUCCGCCCCCCAUACCCGCCCCACCCAACACGCAGCAGGAGGCCCACAGGCGAGCAGCACCCACAGCCCCCACUGCAUGAGAUCGACAUGGAGGCCGGCGUCGAGCUCUUCAUCAACGAGGAGGCACUCGACGCCGCCACGUCGGUCAUGCUCACCACCACCGAACAGCGGGCAACCGUCGUCAGGCAGUCCGCCCCCACUCCUAGUGCUGCUGGCGCUGGUGCUGCUGCUGGUGGUGGUGCUGGUAGUGUAUUGUCCUUCCCCCCCUCUGUGUCAGUGCAUGGCGAAACGGUCUCACAGCCGGCGGUGUCUGUGCGUGUGGUGUCUGGGCGUGACUCUGCCCCUGCUGCUGCCGGUGGUGGUGGUGUGGAGGCUGACGGUUCGUCCUGCACUGGUACGGUGCUAAGCGCGCCGAAUGUCAAGGGGCCGAUCAGCACUGCCAAGGCCAGGAGGAGCACGGCGGCCGCACAGGGGUAUGUAUGGAUCAAGUGCAUGUCGGCAUGUCGGCAUACACCCACAGCAUGCAUGUGGUCUUUGUGUGUUGUGUGCAGUCGAGAGGGGCGCGAAAGUGAGGAGGAAGGACAUGUGGAUGUGUGUGCGAAUGGCCUCGUGCGUACUUCUGCCUGCUGCUGUGUGUGUGGUGUGCAGGUCGGCGGAAGCACCCUGCCGUGCUGUUCAAGUCUUUCACUGACCUCAUCAAUUUUGAUCCGCACCUGAAGCACAUACAGCCCAUGUACGCCACGCCACGCCCGUGUGUAUCGUAUCAAGCAGCACCAUCCACACGUACACAUGGGUGAUAUUGUGUGGGGUGUGUGUGUGUGGACAGUGGUGCGUAUGAGUUGUCUUACCUUGAGGCGAAGGAGCAUGAGGUCACGGAGGUGCCCCCGUGGGACUGCUGCGUCAGCAGAAAGGACAUCAAGGUCCGUUCUCACCCACAAACCCCCGCACCCACAUCCACCCACACCCCCCCACACACACGCUCCCUCUGUGUCUGUGUGUGUGUGUUUGUUGGUUUAGGUGUACAAGUUGAAGAGUGAGGACAACCCCGUCGUGUUGGUCAAGGCCGCCGCCCGGCUGGAGGGCAUCCCACCAAGCGUCGUCGCAUACCACAUCAAGAACAUUCAGAUGCGCAUGAGCUGGUCAGCACCACAAGAACGCCUCGCACUGUGUUGCUGACCGGUAUGUGUGUGUGUGUGUGUGUGUAUGUGUGUUGGUUGUUGGUUGCUGGUCUCUCCUCGCCCUUACACAGGGAUACCAAUUUCUCGAAUUUCAAGAUGAUCGAGACCGACUGCGACGGAAACGAAGUCAUCUACUCUGUCAUCAAGGUACCCUCCCAUCCCUCGCAACACCCACACACCCACACAUGCUCACCCAUCCAUGUGUGUGUGAGUAUGUGUGCAGGCGCCCUUCCCCAUCGCCAACCGCGACUUCGUGCAGUGGCGGCGCACCUCAUACCAGCCCGACACCGGUGCGGUGACCAUCAUGAUGCGCUCAGCCGAGCACCCCAGCGUCCCGGAGGUCAAGGGCUUCGUCAGGGCCGAAACACUCGUUUCGGGUAAACCUUCCCCACACCCACACAGAGACACCCACGAGACACCACACUCAGACCUGACUGUCUCUCUGUGUGGGUGGGGGUAGGCUAUGUGAUUCGGCCACUGGACGGCAGCCCCGACUCCACAAGUCUGUUCAUCCUGGCGCAGACGGACAUCAAGGGUCUGAUCCCCAAGGCCCUCGUCAACGCCACCGCCGCACGCGCACCCGUCAUGUGGACAGACAACCUGCGCAAGGCAUGCGAGAAACACAUCAAAGAGCACGGCAAGCAGGUGCCGGAAGGCGAGCUCGUCACAAUCACCUCCCCACCAGCUGGGAAGCGUGUGUUGACGGUGAGCGGGUCGUCGAGCAGCUGCAGCGGGCAGAUGGCUGCUGCCGCCGCCGGAUCGGCGAGGAAUGCUUCUGCCGGUGGUGGUGCUGCUGGUGUUGGUGGUGUUGGUGGUGGUGGUGGGGGCAGCCUGCACGCGUCCAAGCACUCGUAUGGGCCCCCACUAGUUGCUGCUCGGGCAGGGGCGUGACUGACUGACUGACUGAAGGCAGAGAGGGAUGGCUAAUGAAUGUGUCUCUGUCAGUGGGUAUGGGGCUGUUUUUCUGUGCGGUGUGGGUGCGGGGGGUAAGGGGUAAGCUAUUGACGGACUGACUGACUGACUGACUGACGGAUUGGGUAUCGCUGUGCCCAAAUUCUCCUGACACUUUGGCUGGGAAUGAGGGCAAUUCUCGAAUCUCAAUUGUUUGGAUCUGUUCAUUCUCGAGUGCGCCGUGCUGUGGUGUGGUGUGCUGGUUUGGUGGUUGCUCGUGUGUGUGGUGCGUGGACAGCACAGAUGCCGCCCGUGUGUGGAUGUGCGCAUGGGUACCAUUCAUCCACAGACCUUCAGUGAAUGAGUGGUGAAUGAGUGAGUGAGAAUAUG